UAAUGGCUCUCCGGAUCGAUGCAAAAACUUGUAGUGUUCCCUGUACUUCUCCCAUUAUGCUAUGCAGUUUAUCACCGACAAGGACCGUGUACAAUUCGUCUCAUCACUACUGACUGGCGAGGCAGGUGCGUGGGGAACCGCCCUCUGGGAUGGCCAGGACCCUGCAGUACAGUCAGAGACGGAAUUCUACAAUCUUUUCAAGGCUGUUUUCGAUCAUCCUGCAAGUGGAAGAGAUACGAGUUCCGUGGAGUCGCCGCUGGCAGUGGCUGGAGCAAAACGGUGUUGUGCCGAGGGGAGUCAACUACGCUGUCUGAACUGAUCCAACUCGCUAUUACCGUGGAAUUCCUUCGAUGGACGCAUCAGCCCUUACAGCGCGCAUCUCGCCCAGUGCUUUCGUUCUGGAGAACUCUAACGGUGAAUCCCCGAGCCGAUGCAAGUGGGUCGCUCGCGCCUCACACGCAAGAACGUGCCAGACGAUUCGCCCGUGGGUUGUGCCUGUGCUGUGGCGCUAACGGUCACUUCCGCGACUACUGCCCAGUCCGGCCCCGUGAAGAGAACGAGAGGACUUCUACGUUCGGCAGACACGUGCAGCAGGGAAUUUUUUUUUUGCUUCGCUACACGACUAGGAAUCCUUACACUCGCCUUAGAUCCCCCGCGGCGUGUUAAUGGCCAACCUAUAGGUGAG